AUGUCAGAUAUCAAUUUAUCAAAUAUCAAACAUAUUAUUCUCGUACUUUCUGGAAAAGGUGGUGUUGGUAAAUCCUCGGUGACUACACAACUAGCUCUUGGUUUAGUGGAUAAAGGAUUCAAAGUCGGUGUAUUGGACGUUGAUCUUACAGGACCAAGUAUACCUCGUAUGUUGGGUUUGGAUGGUAAAAAAGUACAUCAAGCUUCACAAGGUUGGGUACCAGUUUAUGCUGAUGAACAUCAACGACUUUCUUGUAUGUCUAUUGGAUUCCUUUUGGCCAGUAAGAACGAUUCAGUAGUAUGGCGUGGUCCAAAAAAGAAUGCCAUGAUCAAACAAUUCCUUCAAGAUGUAUAUUGGGGAGAUCUCGAUUAUUUAUUGAUCGAUACACCACCUGGCACCUCAGACGAACAUAUUGGUGUAGUUGAAUAUUUGAAAGCUUUUCAACCUGAUGGUGCAGUGAUUGUGACUACUCCUCAAGCAGUUGCUGUUGCCGAUGUGCGUAAAGAACUCUCUUUUUGUAGAAAAGUUAAAUUACCUAUUCUUGGUGUGGUUGAAAAUAUGAGUGGUUAUAUUUGUCCUCAUUGUGCUGUAAGUUUUUUUUUUUUUUUUAAAAAAAAACAUAUCCCUUUUUCCUCAUACACGAAUACUUACUUUUUUUUUUUGUUAGGAUUGUACUAA